UACAAUAUCAUUGACCUUUGCCUCAGUUGUUGAGAAUAAGGUACAGACUUUUAAAUGUGAAGGCGAAAUCGGUACAGACAAAGGGACUCUGACACUGGAGACUUUUGACAAAGCUGCAUCAAAAUUUAUUCCCAUCCCGAGCUCCAACAAUCCGACGGACCAAAAGAACGAAUGCAUGGUGACUCGGACCAUAGACACGCAAUCGUCAUUAUCUCUCAGCCAGAACGGAACCAUCGCACGAUGUUCCGCUUCAUUGAUUGACAGUGAAAAGAUGAAGAACGUCACUAUAGUUUCUGAUGAAUGUCACGUUGCUUGUUAUCCCAUCGAGUGUAUGUGGACCUAACGAUACUAAGGUAGCGAAUCCUUACGAUUGUUACCGAUUCGUGACAUGUGGAGAUGGGGUCAUCACUGACCAGCCGUGUGGAGUUCUCUGUUUCAAUCCUGUCUACAAAAACUGUUCUACUAACUGCGAUCAUUGUCAUCAAGGAGAUACCACAUUAACUACCACGCAAUCUUCAGUCUCCACAACCACAUCAAGAGCUACCAACGAUCCGUAUGACUGUUCUACGUAUAAAACUGGAUCAUGGUACAUACCCCCGGUGGAUAUCUACCCUACUAAGUGUGAUCAGUACGUGUGGUGUGCGAAUGGAGUAAAACAAGCCGACGAGAACGUGCCCCACAGAUCAGUAUUUCACCAACUUUACAGAGUCGGCGCAAACUUGUACUACUGAGUAUGAAAACUCCUUAUGUGCAGCAUAUGGUGACCAGCCAACGACAACAACAGAACAAGUCUCAACAGUUGUAAACAACUACAACCCCAUCUACUACAACAAUUCAACCAGAUGUGUCCUUCGAUCAGCCUGAAUACGUUGGUGUAUUAGAUGGAAGCGGAUUAACUAUGACGUGUAGAGUCCUAUCCUCGUCCUGGAAAUAUAUUGACAUUAGCCGUCAAGAUCCUGCUGCGGACGUUCUGAUUGCAAGAGUAAACCGAUCCUUGAUAACAGAGCCAUUGUCUCCCCGGAUAACCGCCAGUCAGACGGAUGAAGGAAAUGUCGUCGUUACAUUUACCAAGGUGAAUUGUAGCGAUGCUGGGACUUACAUCUGUGUAAUGAAUGACGACACACCAGUCAAGAUCCAAUCGCCAGACUCGGUACUGAAUAUCCGACGUAUUCCGUCAGUUCCCGUAUUCGAUUUAACUGGUCACCAAAUUGUCGGCUCGAGUUUGAACACUCAUCACAAACAUAAAUGUACUGGAGAUGUGGGUUAUCCUGCUGGAAAGUUCAAAGUUCAGUACGCAGCCGCAGGAUCUUCUCUAUUCAGUGAACUUCCCGUGUCAAACAUUGAUAAUACACCGAGUGAAUGGCUGUGUAACAGUACAGAACGAACGAUGGAAUUCGAGAUAGACUUCCAACCCGACAUGGAUGGGGGAGUGAUCAGGUGUGAUAUAUACAGUUCCGACAACAGUCUCACAACAUACUCCAAUAACGAAACAAUCGAAUUGAUUCCAAGUGAUAUUUGUACGACAAAAGAUACUGUUGCUAACGAAAUACACCAUCCCAACAAUUGCAAGAAAUAUGUGACUUGUUACGGUGGUCCUCAAGGUUACGAUACAUGUAAUGGAAAGUGUGUGAAGAUAGAAAACGGAAUAUUUCAUUCAUGUGUUGAUUGCAGUGAAGACGUCUGUCCCAAAACAGACUUAACAACAACUGCUGUAUCGACAACUACGUCUGGACCAUCCUACCUCACAUGCGGUGAUAUAUCGGGAUAUAUUGGUGACGCCGCCUCUAGUCAAUGUCAAAUUACAAGUGACGAUUUUGACGCAGUUAUUCUCUCGCAUACAUCUGCAAAAUCGACCAGUACCGAGCUCUUGGGGAGACUAACAAAGACAGCAUAUGUUGCCAUGACGACGGACCCUAUCUGGGCUGGCCUUGAUCUUGUAUACUACAUAGCUGGGUCGACGAAAAUAUAUCAACAUAACGAUUCCUACUGUAGUCUGUGAAAUGAGUGGAACGUUUUAUCUAAAUUUGACAAACGGAGCUCACUGGUCGGAGACGACCUCAAGUAUGAAUGUGUUAGUCAAUCCUACAAAUCCACCGACUAUAUCCCAGAGGUCGUAUUUAGAUGAUUCCACGGGACAGAUUGAGUGUACUGGUGAUGUUGGAAAACCUGCUGUACAAAUGGGUCUUCAAAUCCUAGAUAGGACAUCUAACAGCUUCAUCGCAUUAACGUCAAAGCAAACUGGUGAUGAGGUAGAGACAGAAUGCACAGUCAUGAGAACGAUCCAGUCGACAGCACCGCUUUCCUCGCUAAAUGGGACUGAUGUCAAAUGUGUAACUUCAUACUCUAAUGGCGGAACUAACUCAACUACUACGCUUGAUUCCAGUCUACUGAAAAUACAGCUCAUUUCUGGUAACAUUUGCGACUCUACCAAUGCCUCCUUCAUUCUUCACCCGUACGAUUGUCAUCGGUACAUACAGUGUGGGGACAGCACCACUACAGAAUUUCCUUGUGCUGGAUCAACGUGCUUUACUAUACCAGAUAAUAUUUGUGCUAACGAUUGUAGUAGAUGUCCUUAGAUGUAUUAACGUGGAGUUACAUCACGAUGUAUGAUGUAGGUAGGAAUGUAAAAUAUUUAUACAGAAAUCUAGAUAGAAUAUUCGGAAACUUGGAAACUUAGAAACUUAGAAUCCACGUUAAAAUCUAAAAUCUAAAAAUGUAGUUAUGAUAUUUUUGUAUCGAAAAAUUCAAUGUUGCAUUACAAUUGUUUGAAGAUAGGUUCUCAGAAUCUGUUCUCUGUUAAGUCAUCAAUCUUUAAGCUAUCUAUUGAAAUCUAGUAUCUAACUUAUGUAGUUAGAAAAUCGAUGGUCAGUGAAUCAAGCUGUAUUUUGUCGGGGGCAUGAAAGACAGUAAUGGCUAAUAUUUGCGAAAAUUAAUGAUGCAUUCUAUUUAUUCUGAGUCUUUUCUUGAACACACGACAUUUUCAAUAGUCACUUGUCAAAUAUCUGAUGUUUAACUAGUGUAACUACCGUGCGUCUACUUUGCGCGCACGAAAAUAUCCAAGCAACAGUCAAUCUAAAUGUGGGACUGACAAUGCAAGUUCAAAAAUUCCUUUAUUGUUCUAUAUCAGCAAAUGAAUGAUUUCGUUUAAAUACAUAUACUAGUGAAUAAAACAAAAGGAUGUGUGGCAGGAAUAUGCCGACAGUAAAUGUUUUGAUGAUUUUAAGGUUAAAAGAAAUUGUUUGAUCAUUGUUGUAAAUAUAAAUAUACAUUUUGGCUGCAUGAAGAACGGCAAAAGUAUUGAGCUUUUUUAAGUAACGUUUUUAGACUACAUGACUUUACAGUUUGUAUGUACCUAUUAUUGAAUAUUUUCCAUUUGCCGAAAUCUGUAGAAUCGCGAAUUCAAUAUUUUUAAGCAUUGAUGUCACAUUUUAAUAGUUUCAUUGGGGUAUGAAAAAAAUUGUUUGCAAACUGUAUGAUUCCGCAUUCCAAUAAAUAAGAAACACUGAGAUGUAUUGUUGACUCAAAGUAACAAUGAGACAAUAUUUUAUAUAUAGGUGAAUACUAGUAGAGGUUUCCAAUAUCAAAUAUGCAUAAUUACUUUAUGUUGAAUAUAUUUUGAUAACAUAACUAAACCGAUAUAUGAAAUUUUCUUAUAAAUACAUCACAUUUUGUAUUUCCUCUUUUACUAAAUAAGUCCCUGAAGCCAUUGUUUUGUGUUUUCCUCUUCUACUAAUUCCGUCCCAGAAGCUAUUGUUUUGUGUUUUAUCAUCUCAUUAGGUCUUCUUAGUUUGAACAUGUACGAUGCGCUUAUCUAGAGUUUUGUAUUUUUAAAGACAUUUUGGGUUUUAUUACUCUUGUUAUAUUUAUGUUAACUGUAUAUACAUGAAGUGGUAAAUUGAAAUAUUUGACUAUAAUAGACAAAGCUGACUUCUCGUUUCCCUGAGCCUAGUUUGUUUUCACAGGAUAUAAGAUGAACUUGUUCAAAUGAUGUCGGAACAAUUUUAAAGAGAUAGUCAAUAUGUUUGUCGUUCGUCUCUGAUCUUGUCUUAUCUGUUUGAAUUGUACCAAACUUCUGAUUAUGUCAGAUUUAGUUAUUCAAAUGAGCUUUGACAGGAAAGUAUAUACAUUAGAUAUAUGUUAUGAUUACAUUGUAAAUAAUGCUUUACAGCCAUUACUUAAGUUAGCACAGUAUUGAAAUUUGACCCUCUCUGUUCCAAACUAUCCGCGAAUUAAUGCUACCGGUGAGUGCAAAACAGACUUUAACCGACUUUGAGACGGAUUAACCGACGAACGAAAUUUAAAAUUUUACCCCAUCGACCAUUUCGUGGCAGGGGCAUAAACAAUUAUUUUACUGCUAUAAAUGUAUAAAUAUAUGUAUAAUCAUCUUCUACAUUAAAAACAUUGUAAAAACCAUAGUUGAAGAAAAAUAAUUAUUUUUCAGAUGUUAUUGUACAUUAAUCAUCAAAUGUCUAAAAUGGGAUUGUAUUGAUAUAAUAACAUAGAAAAUGUGUUUUAUCACGAUAGUGAAGUUAUGGAUGGAUAUAGAUAAAUUAUUUUUGAUAUUUUUAUAAUUUUCAUACAUAAAUAAAAACUAAACCUAUAUCAAACUGAA